AUGGAAUGCGGAGAAAAUAUAAGAGCAUGUCUUUCUUUCCUUAUUUUCUCUUACUUUAUUUUUUCUAUUCUUUUCUUUCUAUUUAUCCCUUUCUUUCUUUCUUUUUUCUUUCAAUUCCUUUCCUUCUUUCUUUCUUUCUUUCUUUCUAUUCACUUCUUUCUAUCCCUUUCUUUCUUUAUUUUUUCUUUCUAUUCCUUUCCUUCUUUCUUUCUAGUCCUUUCCUUCUUUCUUUCCUUUUCUUUUUUUUUUUUUCUUUCUUUUCUUUCUUUUUCUUUCUACUCACUUCUUUCUAUCCCUUUCUUCUUUUUUUUUUUUUUUUCUUUCUUUCCUUUCCUUUACUUUUUUUCUUUUUCUUUUAUUUUUUCUUUCUAUCCCUUUCUUUAUUUUUUCUUUCUAUUCCUUUCCUUCCUUCUUUCUUUCUAUUCCUUUCUUUCUUUCUUACUUUCUUUCUUUCUAUUUUUUUCUUUCUUUUUCCUUCUUUCUACUUGUGCGAGGACUGGUCAGUUUUAA